GGAGAUUCCUCAUAUAUAUGUAAACAAGGUGACACACGUAAACACUUGCGGUCGAAAUCGAAAGUUGUGGAAAAAGAGAAACUAAAAUCAUGACAGAAGGAGGUGAAUUUAGCAUUUCAGUACGAGGCUCCGAUGCAGACUUUGAGUACUCCUGUACACCGUUGGCUGACGAUGGCAACGAUGAACAAGCGUUGAAAUACUGUCCGGAGUGUAAAGAAUAUCUUUGUGCUGCGUGUAUAAAAUGUCAUCUUAAAUUUUCUGCAACAAAGAAACACAUACUGUAUGACAACGAAUACCAACACUGUGAGGAAGAUUCAGUUGACAACACAUCAGAUGAGGACCAAAUGUUCAAAUGUCUCUACCAUCCAGACAGGGAUAUCGAGAUGUAUUGUUUUGAUCAUGAAAUGGUGUACUGCUUAUUAUGCGUUGCUAAGGACCACAGACAAUGUAGUAGGAUACUAGAACUAGAAGAUGCAGCUGAAAAGGUACCUAUGAAUAUAGAAGACGAUAUAUUGCAACCAAUCGACUCUUUGCAGGCUGAUAUACAUCUGGCAAGACAAAUGAAAAAAGUCAAUCUGAUUGCAUUAGACCAGAGCAAAAGUGAAAUUCUAAAAUCUAUUGAAGACACAGAACGUUUGUUCAUCGACAAAGUCAAAGAACUUGCAUCAGAAGCGAAUAAAAAUGCUUGUUCUAGAUAUGAUGGUUUGAAAAGAGAUGUUCAAGAAGAAGAUGCCGUUCUUUUGCAGGGUAUAAUAGAUACUGAUGAAGUUAGAAGCAAGGUUAAAAGCCAGGUAGAAUUAGAUGCAAAAAGACAAUUUGCAAGGCACAUUUUACAGAAACAUGUCAUUGUCCAAAUGAAGAAUAAAUAUGAUACUGCCGACAAAGAUGAAAAGAGAAUGAGAUGUUUUAAGAAUGACGAGUUGAUACGGCAUGUGUUAACAGCUGAGGGUAUUGUUCAAGUUGUUGGAAGUAAAAGGAGCCUAAAUGUCGAAGACAAUCCAGUACACAAACAAUCUCAAAAGGAAGUAACCAUUAAGGGACAGAAAGACUACGAAACGUGCAGUAUCUAUGGUAUUUGCCAGCUUGGUGACGGUACAAUUGUAUUAGCUGACAACUCUAAUAAAUCUCUUAAAAAGCUGGAUAAAAAUUUCAGAAUAACAGAAACACUUGCUUUGGAAUCUAACCCUAUGGGACUUUGUUUGACAGGCAAAUCUGAAGUUGCUGUGAAACUUAAAAAUGACACUGUACUGUUUGUUUCAAUUGAUGACAAAUUCAUAAAAAGCCAUUCAAUAUAUAUAAAAUAUGGGGAUUGCAUUGGACUAAUUUCUAUCUGCAACGAAUUGUGGUGUGUAUUUCCAAAUGAGAUUAUGGUCUAUAACAGAGACGGAUUGGUAAAAAAAAACUUUCAAAAUCGAAUCAUUUGAAGGAACUAAAUUCAAGCCAAGCAGCAGUUAUCUUGUCCCAGUUGUAGCUGACAAAGAGUUUAUAUAUGUAUCAGAUUUAAAUAGUCAAGUAGCAUGUUUAGACAGGGAAGGAAGCGUAUGGUCGAUGAUGGAAAGUGAACGGCUGAAGGUAGCGAGAAGGGCUUGUAUUGCAAGGAAUGGUAUCAUUUGUGUCGCAGGAUACGACUCGGGCAAUAUCAUGAUGUUCAAUGAAAAAGGGAAAUGUUUAGGAGAAUUGAUAGAUGGCUUAGAUAUGCCAGACGCUCUUUUCUACGACAACAAAACCCGUCAACUAAUUGUUGGACAUAAAAACAAGAAUACUAUUACAAUAAUAGAUACAGAUUGAUGAUAGCUAGUUAGCUAUAUGGUAGUGACAUGAAUGGUGUAGUGAUGCUUGGCAAUAAAAAUAAGAAUAUAUUGCUCAUGAUGAACUCAUAAGGAUUGAGGAAUAAUUACAAAUAACACUAAGAUUUAACUUAAGCAACGAAUGAUGUAAAAUAUACCAUAGUAUUUUGCGAUAUAAAAUAUGAUAUCUGAAAAAUGAUGAUGUCUGAUGUCAAAGACUAUAGUACCGUUUCAAUUAUCGUUUUGUAUUUGUAGAGGAUUACUAGUAUAUAGUUAUUUGAUUGACUUUGAGACUAUCAAACUCCCGACAAAGUCCCACCUGGGGAGACAGUCCAGUUAAUGUUACACCAUCCUCUAAAUCGAAACCCAUUUAUCCGGUAGUGCAAAGACAGAUAAUGCAAUACACGAAAUAUUAUGAUGCCAUUUCUCCGCAUUUUCUUGACGGAAUUACCAUUGUCUGAUACCCACAGUUGAUUAACAUGUAACUUUACAUGUAAUCAAUAAAUGUUAAUGGUUCGACCGUAUGUAUCCGAGUAUGCGGGAUUAAAAAUGUCUAUUGAUAACUUCUGACCACAUUUGGAUUUCUUUCCUGCUAUGAAACAAAUAUAUAGGGAAGAUUUAAAAAAUAAAGUUUUCAAUAAUCUUUUGUCAGAUUUUGAAUAACCAAUUUUAGUGUGAUAUCUCUUUUGGACUUCUUGUAUUCAGGAUAUAUUACCUCACAUGUAUGUUAGCCAAGCUUGUUUACAAAUAUGUGUAGUCUGACAACAAUUAAACUGUUGUCCAUCAUUUGUUUUGUAUCUACUUGUAUCUAUAGAUCUAUUGUAUCUAAUAUUCCUUGGAUUGGCGACGGACAUUUCCAAAUUCAAAGCAAGUACAAUCUGUUUUAUCACACCAUAAUAAGGGAAAUCACAUAUUUAGGUUAAAUUAGUAUAAUUUUAGUUGAUUACAAUAUGUUCAAUUUUGAUUAAAAAAAGAAUUGUAUAAGUCUCAUAAGAAAUGUUAGUAAAAUCCAUGAAAUGAAAAAUAAUAUUUUAUUUGACGAUGAUAAAAUCUGUUUCAAAAAAGGUGUAAACAGUUUGACAUGUUACAAGUCUUUUUGAGUGUAUGUUAUUUGUGAAAUG